UGGUUUAAUGGAGGGGAGCAGUGGAAACAUGCGGAGGAGCGAGCAGGGAGAAAAAAUGAAGAAAGUCCGAGAGAAAACAGCGAAGAAGAGGAUUAAAGAGGAGGAGGAAGAGGAGCAGGACCAGAUCUUCGACUUCAACAACAAACCUGCUGAGGAAGAGGAGGAGGAGGAGGACGAUCUGUCGGACAGCGAGGACAGUGUCUACUCAGGACUGGAGGAUUCUGGGAGUGACAGUGAGGAUGAUGAAGAUGAAGACUUAUCAGAUAACAGUGAUGAUGAUUAUGUGAAGGUGGAGUCAGAGCAGACUGAGCAGACAGAGGAAAAAAAGAAGACGGAGGAGGCCGUGACAGAAGGAGGAGAAAAAAAUGAAGAUGAGUACGAACGCGACUCUUCAGAUGAAGAGGACAUCAGGAACACUGUGGGGAACAUUCCCAUGGAGUGGUACAGAGACUUCCCUCACAUUGGCUACAAUCUGGACGGAAAGAAGAUCUACAAACCAAUCAGGAACAAGGAUGAACUCGACGACUUCCUGGACAAAAUGGAGAACCCGGACUACUGGCGAACGGUCCACGACAAGCAGACAGGAAGUGACAUCGUCCUGUCCGACGAACAGGUUGAGCUGGUCAAUCGUCUGCAGAGAGGACAGUUUGGGGACGUCAACUUCAACGAGUACCAGCCCUCAGUGGAGUUUUUCAGUAACGACGUGAUGCUUCACCCGGUCACGAACAGACCUGCAGACAAACGCAGUUUCAUCCCGUCACUCAUCGAGAAGGAAAAGGUGUCUAAACUGGUUCAUGCAAUAAAGAUGGGUUGGAUCAAACCUCGGAGGGUGGAGGACGACAGUAGGGGACAUUACUAUGACCUCUGGGCCAAUGAGGACUCCUCUAUUCUGGCCAAACACAGAAUGCACCUGCCUGCCCCCAAAAUCCCUCUACCUGGUCACCAGGAGUCCUACAAUCCCCCACCUGAGUACCUGUUCACAGAUGAGGAGCGAGCUCUGUGGGAGCAGCAGGAUCCCUCGGAUGGGAAGCUGCCAUUUGUUCCCAUGAAGUUCUCGAGUCUGCGUCAGGUUCCUGCGUUUCCUCGUUUCAUCCACGAGAGGUUUGAGCGCUGUCUCGACCUUUACCUGUGUCCCCGGCAGAGGAAGAUGAGGGUGAACGUGAAUCCAGAGGAUCUGAUCCCCAAACUUCCCAAACCCAGAGACCUGCAGCCGUUUCCUUCCACACAGGCUCUGGUGUACCGGGGUCACAGUGGUCUGGUCCGGUCUAUCAGCGUGUCUCCAUCAGGACAGUGGCUCGCUUCAGGUAGUGAUGACGGCUCCGUGCGGUUCUGGGAGGUGUGUUCGUCACGCUGUAUGAAGACAGUUCAGGUGGGCGGAGCUGUGAAAAAUGUUGCCUGGAACCCAAACCCGUCGAUCUGUCUGCUGGCUGUUGCCCUGGACUCGCUGGUGUUGAUCCUGUCUCCCUCUCUGGCAGACAGACAGAUCGUUUCAUCGUCAGAGCGACUCCUCUCGGGUCAGCAGGAGGCAGAGUCGAGUGAGGGGGCGGGAUCUGUCGUCUGGAGCGAGGCCGAGGAGGAGGAGCUAAACCAGGGGAUCCGCCUCAAAAUACAACAUCCCAAAACAGUUCACCAGGUGGCGUGGCACGCCAAAGGAGACUACCUGGCAUCGGUGAUGCCAGACCACUCAAGCCACCUGCAGGUUUUCAUCCACCAGCUGAGCCGGAGGCGGAGCCAGAACCCCUUCAGGAGGAACAAAGGUCUGGUUCAGUCCGUAUCCUUCCACCCCAUCCGGCCCUACUUCUUUGUGGCCACCCAGCGCUCUGUCCGCAUCUACAACCUGGUCAAACAGGAAAUGACCAAAAAGCUUCAGGCCAACUCCAAGUGGAUCUCCAGCAUGGCCGUUCAUCCUGCAGGUGAUCAUGUGAUCUGUGGGAGUUAUGACUGCAGGCUGAGCUGGUUUGACCUCGACCUUUCAACCAAACCAUACAAGAUGUUACGACACCAUAAGAAGGCGGUGAGGGGCGUGGCCUAUCACAGAGUUUACCCAUUGUUUGCGUCAGCGUCCGACGAUGGAUCAGUGAUCGUCUGUCACGGGACUGUUUACAAUGACCUGCUGCAGAACCCGUUGAUUGUUCCCGUGAAGGUCCUCAGAGGUCACGUGAUCACUCAUGACCUUGGUGUUCUGGAUGUGACUUUUCACCCCACGCAGCCCUGGAUCUUCUCCUCAGGAGCCGACACCACCAUCCGCCUCUUCACUUAGCAACCGCCCCGGCAACCAACCAGCUAAUGAGCCAGUGACGAGGUUGCUAGGAUACAGGCUGUUGUAGAAAUUAUGCUGUUUGACCUUUUUCAUCUUUAACCUGAAAACUGUUUUUUUGUCUUUGUUUUUAAUUAAACUCAAAUGUUCUGA